GAAACCGGAGUCCGGAAUGUCAAAAUGAUAAUGACGUUUUCUUUUUCGUUCUCAGAAAGAAGUGACGAAUAAAGUGUUUAUUUGCUUUUUAUAUUGUAAAAUAUGGCUGCUGAAAUUAAACCCGCACCUAGGACACCGAACGACAGGUUUUCUACAACGAAAAAGCCGGCACUUCUUAAUAAAUUGGAAGGUUGCACGGACGACGUGAACGCGGCGGUAGUAAUCCCUGGCGAAGACGGAGUUAUUAGUGUUUGCGACGAUAAGACAGUCCGAGUAUGGCUCAAAAGAGAUUCAGGACAAUACUGGCCGAGUAUUUGUCAGUACAUGCCAUCAGGAUGCACAUCAAUGUUUUACACACCAGAAACAAGACAGCUAUUCAUAGGACAAGAAAAUGGCACUAUUUCUGAGUUCACACUUGCCGCAGACUGUAAUAGAAUAAACCCAACUAGGGAAUACUUGGCGCACACGGCCAGAGUUACAGCGGUGGUGUUUUCCUUGAGCUGUGAGUGGGUGUUGUCAGUGAGUCGAGACAAGUUAUUUGCCUACCACUGCAGUGAAACUGGAAGGAGAAUUGGUGGCUAUUCCUUUGAGGCAUGGUGCACUGCUUUACAAUUCGAUUCACAGUCAAAAUACGCGUUCAUAGGCGAUUACAGCGGCCAGAUAACGAUGUUAAAGUUAGAUAAUAACUGUGCAACACUAGUCACGACGUUGAAGGGUCACACUGGGUCAGUUCGAGUGUUAAAUUGGGCGCCAAUACCACAGCUGCUGUUCAGCGGUUCGUUCGACCAAACCAUUAUAGUGUGGGACAUUGGUGGACAGAAAGGAACAGCGUACGAGCUUCAAGGUCAUAGCAACAAGGUGACGGGGCUGUGGUACGUGGGCGGCUGCCAGCGGCUGGUGUCGUGCGGCGAGGACGGCGCGCUGGGCGUGUGGGAGAUGGGCGUGCAGCGACGCGAGACGCCGGCGUGGCGCGAGUCCGACCUGUGCCAGCUGUGCCGCGCGCCCUUCAUAUGGAACGUGCGCGCCAUGAUGGAGAAGAAGCAGCUCGGUCUCCGGCAGCACCACUGCCGCUGGUGCGGCGCGGCGGUGUGCGGCGCCUGCUCGCCGCACCGCCUGCCGCUGCCCGUCAUGGGCUUCGAGUUCCCGCAGCGAGUGUGCGCCGCCUGCUACGACACGCUGCGCCACGAGCCGCGCGAGUCGUUAGCGUCCUUCCACGACAUGAAGCACGCGGUGGGCUCGCUGUUCGUGGACGAGGCCACGGGCCGCAUGUGCACGGCGGGCAAAGAUCGCGUCAUCAAGGUAUGGGAUAUCAGCGUAUUGCUAGCGCCUGCGCCGAAACCCGGCACCAGCGAUCAGUAGCCGCGAUUAACAACCUUAUCGCGAUCAACAUAACGUCGAGAUUCCUCUACUCCAAACACGAAUCUGUCCCUCAACGAUUAUUCUAUACUGGAUGUUUAUUAUGAGCAUAAAAAUCGAAAAAAAAAAUGAAAGAUAUAUAGUUGUACGGGAAAAAUUUAUUUAUUUUUAAGUUAAAAGAUUUAUUUUUAUUAAAUAUGUUUAGUGGAUGUAAUCUUGUGUAGGCAACGUUAUAAAAUAAAUAAAAUAAAAAAAUAUUAUAUAUUUUGUCAAUGUUUUGAGCAUUGUUCAGUAUUGCUUCGUAUUCUAAAAUUAAACUAAGUUGACAUUUUUAAAUAAUCAAUUUUAAUGUUUAUCGCUGUUUCUGGCGGUUUUUCAUGCAAAGUAAUUCAGGAAAAUCAAGAUUUAUAAGAAUUGGAAAUUUUGUAUGGUUCAUAGACAUAUUCUAUUAUCUUUGUUUUCAUUAUCUAUGAUGUUGAUAUCAUCACUAUAUAUCACAUGUUCUAACCUUGGUUGCAAUUUAUUUGGUGAAAUUUUGCCACCACUAAAUACUAGAACUGUCAGAUAUGAUAAUUAUAUCCUGGUGUAUCCUUAAGGCAUAUGCUCACCAUUACAAUCUCGAGAUGAGAUAAAGACAAAUAUAAAGAUAAUAGCGGCGGAAUCGAAAAUAUUAGUCACUUUUUCGGAUUAAUGAGGUAGCAAUGUGUAAUGCCCGCUAUACACGUUAGCCAAUGUUGGCUAUGAUGCUCUUCACACUAGCCAACAUUGUGGCGAAUAUUGUGGUUGUUUCGAAACAUCCGCACUACAUGAUAGCCAAUAUAUUUGCCAACGUAUUGGCCAAUGUGAAUAGCGGGCAUAAGACAAAUUGACAGUUUGUCGAAAAGUCUUUGAACUGUACAGAACUUCUCGUUCACAAAGAUUGAUUUCUCAAAGUCACUAUUAGUUUAGUUUUAGAUAGAGAUAUUUUAUUUGUUUUCAAAUGGUAUGGACUUUAAAAAAUUUUAUAUAUUAAUUGUUUGCUACAUUGAAGUAUUUGCUAUAAAUUAUAAUCGAAUUGUUGAUUUUUUUUCUCUUAAUACUAAAAUUUCACCUUUAAUCAAAUUGUUGCGUUUUCGAAAUAUAUUUGUCACUGUUUACAUUCGUAUAAAACCUCAAAUACACUAGUCGAUUUGACGUUUCGACGAAAUCCUAAAGUGAGCUGAGUAGUGUAACGAGGCGUUUAGUGUUCGCUUUAAAUCCUUUGACUCAAAAGCCGACAAAUAUCGGUAGUUGGGCGAGGCAAAGUUUGUGCCUGUAUUCCAUUAACUUCGAUUAACUUUUCGAGUAGUGUAUUGGUGGUGUAAUGUGUCUUUGAAGGUCCAACGAAUGUUUUGAUAAUUUAGUUUCUUUCAUCUUAAUGUAAGACUGAACCUUUCAAGAUAAUAAUUUAUAAAGAGGUCUUGGAAACAUAGCUAUGUGUGUAACUUGUAGUGUAGAUGUAACAGUAUAAAUAUAUAAACGAAUAUUGUGAAAAAAAAAACAUUAUUAUGUUGGAAUCCUAAUAGAUGCAAAAUUUUCUUAUUGAAAUGGUUGAUAGUAUUACUGCUAUUCAGAGAGGAGACUCGAGCUCAGCAGUGAGCCGAAUAUGGGUUGAUAAUGAUGAUGAUGAUUACUGCUAUGCACAUUGCACAGUCUCAGGGGUCACGCACCUAUCCCUAUAUUUUUUAACAUGGAUUUAGAUUUAAACUUAAAUUUUCUUUAAAGUAAAGUACACCUAAUCACUACUGUUUAAAGUUCACUUUCCUUUGAUGAUUUUUUUAGGAGGUUUAAACUUUAAUUCAUGUUUGUAAAUAGGCCUUAUUUACAAACAUGAAUUAAAGUUUAAACCUCCUAAAAAAAUUACAUUAAUAAUUAAUAAAUGUGUAACAUCAUGUCCAAACAUAACAUCGAAUAGCAAACUGUUCUAUAUUAUUUUAUUAUCUAUCUAUAAUCGAUAUAGAUACACGAUUAAGUAUUAUCCAAAAUGAUUUAAAUCACAUGAAUGUUUUCAUUUUAGAUUACUAUAUCACAACUUUCUAAUCUAAGAUAGAUUGAUAGUCUAUUGCAGGCCAAUAUGACUCAUAUGCGUCCAAACGACGAAUCUCGUGAAUAGACAUAUACUCAGAGGCACAAUUAUCCGCCCACUUUACUAUACUCGCGUCAUAUUAAAGUGGACGGAUAACUGUGUCUCUAAUAAUAGAUAAAUUUCAGCCGGAAAUAUCGUUUUAAUUGCGUAAUUCUGACGUAAGAGACUACUGCGCCGGCAUUGGUUAAAAUUUUGUCUAUUUAUCUACACGAGCUAAAUGUCGUUGGUCGCAUGCUAGGACUAUUGUUUUCAAGAUUACUAGAAACAACUAAAUUGUCGAUUAUUGCUAUUUGUGCUAAAUGUAAUUUUGAUGGCUUCCGUGGCGCAGUGGUAUGCGUGCUGUGGAUUUGAAGACGGAGGUCCUGGGUUCGAUCCCCGGCUGGGCCGAUUAAGAUUUUCUUAAUUAGUCCAGGUCUGGCUGGUGGGAGGCUUCGGCCGUGACUAUUUACCACCCUACCGACAAAACGUACCGCCAAGCGAUUUAGCGUUCCGGUACGAUGUCGUGUAGAAACCGAAAGGAGUGUGGAUUUUCAUCCUCCUUCUAACAAAUUAGCCCGCUUCCAUCUUAGAUUGCAUCAUCACUUACCAUCAGGUGAUAUUGUAAUCAAGGGCUAACUUGUAAAAAAAAAAUGUUAUGUCUGUCUCCUAUGUAGAUUUGAUAGCGCUAAUUCUACAACCAUUUUAGUGUUCAUGUAAAAUUAAACUAAUUGUGGUACAGAUAACUUAAAGUGUGUAUGAAAUUAUUUAUUAAUGAAAUAUAAAUGUGUGUUCAUAAAAGAAAACUUUAUUUAAUCUGUGUCAGAGACACGUAUUCUAGACCAAAAAACACUAUGGUCUCCUUAAAGUAUAGAAAAAAAGACUACUUACUUAUUUACUUACGUAUAAGGAUGUGCUUGAUUUUUUAAUGUUUAUUAUUUGAACAAAACAAACUUGUGUGAUGAUACUGUGGUUCUAGCCUUUCUGACAACUGUCAUAUUAUUAGUUUUUUAAAUGGUAGAGUUAAUAAAUAUAUAUAAAACCGAUGUCUAAAGUCAGGCCGCUCAGAGAUUGCGUUUCUGACAGGUCGUGAUAGAAUGGGACAAACAUAUUCAAAUACAAUUGCCUUCUUCUUCAUUAUUCAAUUACAAAGACAAACAGUUGGCACAAACUUGAAACAGCGCAGUUCACCAAGUAUGCCAGUUCGAAGUUGCAUCGCCCAUCCGAUCACGACCCGUCAGAAACGCAAUCGCUGAGCGGCCGGUCUUUACUAAAUUACAUAGUGCAUUGUUUAAAGUCAUUUCAAGAAGGUUUUAAUCGUUCGAUAUAUUAUGAUUUAAGUAAGACUAUUACGUUCACUUAACUUUGAACAGAUUUACACAUUUUAUUUGCAAUGUGAGUGAAUUAAUGCGAGAUUUUAUUGUUUUAGUAAUUUGCAGCGUUACUUCUUUCGCGAUAAGGCCCUCUUUGGCCAGUAUAAGGCAUCUUAUUGAACGAAAAUUGGUCCAGGUCUGGCUGGUGGCUUCGGCCGUGGCUAGUUACCAUCCUACCGGCAAAGACGUACUGCCAAGCGAUUUAGCGUACCGGUACGAAGUCGUGUAGAAACCGAAAGGGGUGUGGAUUUUCAUCCUACUUUUAACAAGUUAGCCCGCUUCUGUUAGGUUGCAUCAUUACAUCAGGUGAGAUUGUAGUCAAGGGCUAACUUGUAGAGAAAAAUUUAAAAAAUAAAUCAUGUUAAAAUUGUUUUUUUUAUUAUUUUUACUACGCUACGCACGUCAACUGUCGAAUAAUGUUUUCUAUGAUCCAGUUUCAAAAGAAAUUGUUUAGUAACGUUAAACUAUAGACAAUUUUAACAACAAUAAUUACAACUUUUACAACGAUUAUAUUUUUGUGAAUAAUUAAGGUUAUCUCUAACUUAUAGAACAAGUAAUAAAUCAGUCAGCUGCGAUAACCUUGCUCUAUGGAACUGGGCAGUCAGCCAAAAUUUUCAUGUUGUCGAUUUAAGUAAAUUUAUUUCUCGCUUUAUACGAGUAAUUGAAGAUCCCAAUGAGAAAUUAUAUUCACCCAUCUGUUUUUUGGAUAAAAAGUGUUUUAUACCAAAAGUAUGUUGGAAACAUAUUGCGAGUAGUUUGCCUAAAAGACUCCUGGCCAAACUAUCAUCAUUAAAUUAAAUUGAAAUGAAAUGAAAUUUUAUUAUUUUAUAGUUUUACAGUCUCUGAUGUGGCUGAGACCUUCUUUUAAGUUAAAACCUGUAUCAGAAGGUCACGCUCUUCCUUAAUAACAAAUAUAAACUUAACUUAACAUGCAACAUGCAAUAAACGCUGGUUUAUUUGCGUGCGUGCGUGCGUGCGUGCGUGCGUGCGUGCGUGCGUGUGUGUGUGUGCGUGUGUGUGUGUGUGUGUGUGAAAUUGUAUCAGAUGUUUCAUUAAUAAUAGUUUGGUUUACUUAUAAUAAUAGUUCGACUAGGAGUUUUUGGGGCAACCUUCUCGCAAUAUAUUUUCAACAUACUUUUCAUCAACUGAUGGGUGAAGGUCGUUUCUAAUGCGGAUGUAACGAGUACUAUAGUUCGAGUAUAUUGCCACCUAUCCGGUUGCAAUACUGUCUCAACCUUUUACAAAACCAUCAUUAUAUUUCUCCAUCUUAUUUAAGGGCGUAAAUGAUGUUACUUCAAUAAGUGCUACGAAUGGGGAUGAUGACUAGGUUUGAAUAGGUAUAUUGAUUUUUAUGAUACAUUCGGGUAAAUAAGGUCAAUGUUGACUAAUUUAUACAUAAAAAGCAAAGAUUGUCUGGAUGUUUGCAAAAUGAAUAAGAUUAUAAAAUUUCAAAAUCUAUUAUUUUUUUUUAUCGUAAUUAAAUGAAAAUUCAUUCAGUUUUAGCUUCCUUACAUUAAAUGUGACAUUUUUCAAUAAAUGAACUAUAAACAUAAACGCACAAAUAACAAAGAUAUUGGUAAUUUUGUUUGAACGCCCAUACAAAUCUAACGAUCAGCGAGCUAACGACGUCACUAAAUCGUGCUAUUUUGUAUGGAGCGUUUUUCAGGGAUCCGCGGCAGCGCCGCAAAUCUGACCCUUUAAAUCCCUGUAGCUCCGAAAGUAAUGAUCGUAGAUACCCUGUUACUUUUACAAAAUUGCUUUGCUAUUAGUAUACUCUUUAUUUAUAUACAAUUUAAAAAACUGUCAUCAUCCCUAUUGAGUGAAUCCAAAAUUGCUAUACGGAACAAUCCUGACUUAAUGGCCCUCAGGAUAAAUGGAAAAGAACUAUAAGCUAAAGAUCUUGAGUGUUUCAUAUUGCAAUUCAUUGUCGAUUUUCGAUAACGAUUAAUAUUUUUUGAUUAAUUAUUAUUUUUAAUGAUAGAUUGAUGAUUUUCGAUAUUGUUGUAAAAUCCGUUUGAUAUUAUUGCAUAAAAAUAUUGGUCUUGGUGGCAUUAAAUAAUAUCUGGUUUUGAGAUUUGUAACAUUUGAUUAUAUUUGAUAAUUAUAUUGACUAGUUAGAAUAUAGUCAUAUUAUAAUAUUCAUAAUUUAAUCAAAUAAAAAUGAAUAAUGCUUUAAAGGUUGUCGCAUUUUUCAUUUAGCCUUUUACUUAUAUUAAUUAUUAUAAUUUUAUGACGUCCAUAUUAAUUAAUAUAUUUUAAUUUAUUUAUGCGUUCAUUUUAUGUUUGUAAUAUUGUAAAAUCAUGUUUCACAAGUGUUUAUAUUGAGUACAUAAUUUUUAAAUGUUGAGAAUGUAUCUUAAAAUGAAAAUUAAUUUAUCUGGCACCUAAAUACACUGCGCUACAUCAUUAUUACACUGGAAUUCGUAGACGUUGCAGGGGAUCCCCUAGGGGACCAUUCUCCCGCUGAGUGUCGAAUUCUCAUACGCAUAGAGUUUAAAUUUGACACUCAGCGGGUGAACGAUGCGCUGGGGGCACCCCCACGUCUAUGAUUUCCAUUGUUAGAUCCAGGGGAUAUGGAGCUUGGCCCCAACAGGCUUCUCCAAUGUGGACUGGCGUGCUUAGGGUGAUAAUGAUCGACUCCUUAUCGAUAAUUAUUAGACUUAGACUAAUUACAAAUGGACUAGUAUUUCACCUACAUCCGCACGAACAAAGUCGUCUGUCUUUUUGUAAGGAAAAACAAACUUAGAUUCUUAUAUUAAACUAGAAGUUGUUGAACAUUUUUUACAUCAUUCUAAAAGGUAUUUUUAGGGAGCUCGAAACUACGAACACGAUUACAACUAUGAAACAUUGAUUGUAUAGAGAUCGAAAUAUAUCGAUAUUAAUUAAUAAAAGUUAGUUUCUUAUAAAACUUAAUGUAUAAAUCGAGUAUUUUUUUAAAAUUUCCUAACGUUAAAAACGCUGUCGUCUAUUUUGUGACGUCACAAUGUUACUUCAUGUACUAAACGUUAACUAAUAUUUUUGUCAAACGCUCCGUUUGUAAGUGAUUUGUUAUAUUGAUGUCAUGAAACAAUUUAUCUUUCAUUAUAUGUUAUAGAGACAGUUUUUAUAAUCGCAUUAGAUCGUUGAUCAUACUUUGACAGAAAAGUACUAAAGUCUAACGAGACAGGUCCUUUUGUAAUUAGUCUGAGUUUUCAGAUGUUACUGAUAAUGACCGCCACCGACGGCUUAACAUGCUCUCCUAGCCACGGGGGUGUAAUUUAACUAUAGUCUGGCAGUUUCGUUGAUGACACUCCCAUGAUAUGCGGGUGACAGGGAAAGACUGCGCGGGUGUGAAAUAGUGCGUGCGGGGAUGUGAGGUGCAUCACUCGUGGGUUUUUCAGUCAUCGCUACACGCCCCCUUGCCCGCGCGGACCAUCGGAAGUGUUACAAACGAAGUUGCCAAGCUGUAACAUCCCAAAUACGAACUGAGAUUAUAUUUCUAAAACUAUCCUAAACACAGCCUAACCACUAGACCAAAGAGACUUACCGCGCUUGUAAAUUGCCUAAGGCAGCGAAAAUUGGCCUUGGUCCUUGCCCCUCUCAUUCUGAGAGGAGACUCGAGCUCAGCAGUGAGCCGAAUAUGGGUUGAUGACGUCAGCGAAAAUUAACUGAAUGACAUCUUGCGUUCAUUCAUAGACAAUAUAAGCCCAUUAUGCUAUGUAUUUAAAUGUCAGGUAAAAACAAUUGAUAUAUACUGAAAAAGCAAACUGUAAAUUGCUUCGUGAAACUUUUUAUAUACCUAACUAAUGAGUGUAUAGGUAAGUGUUGUAUUAAAACUAUUUAUACAAAACCUAUAUCCGGUGUGGACCAACUUAUUAAUUAAGUGCGUCAAAAAAAUGUAUAUCAGAAAUAGAUCUAUAGCACUGCACCCGGAUACCCUAACCUGACGCAAUAAAUGUUAUUUUUAAGUCUUGCGCAUAUUAACAAGGAAAUUAGAUCCAAUCAGUCCCUACAACUCAGGGUUGCCAACAAUUCCUAAUAAAAAGAUUGUAUUUUUCAAAUUAAACGAAAAGCACGUAUGUUUUUAUAAAAACUAUAUUUUUCAAUAUUUUUUGUCAUAAGUAGGCAAAUAAGGGAUAUUAUGUGAUUUUUCGCAAAAUAUAUAGAAAACCUAAACUGAUUUCUUUAAACGUUAAUUUUAAGUUCGGUAUUGAUUAGAUAGACAAGUUUGGAUUCGAUGAUAAUGUUUCUAUAGUUUAAAAUGUUUGUAAAAUAUUGUAAAUUUGUUAAAAAUAUAAUACUUUUGCGUGCUAUGUAUUUCUUCAACAGUAUAUAGUGCAAUACUAUAUAUUACAGUACGGUUGGCAACCCUACUCAGUGUACUUGUACCUGCACCUUUCUAGUUUUCGAGGUCCUAUAAGAGGUCCUGAGUAAAUAUCCAAGAGUCCUGUUAAGUACUUUUAACAUGUUUGUUACAGACAAACUUUAAUAACACACAAAGGGAUAAUUUGUCAGUAAAAAAAACAAUUAUGGUAAUACCAAUGUAGAAAAUAAAAAAAGAAUACCUAAUUAAAAAAUUUACUUUGUCUGUUACGCAAUCCCCGUGCUAAAGGAAGACAAUUCCGACCCUUAGUUUCAGAAAAAAAAAUCCAAUUAUUGGUAAGACUUCAAAACAUACUUAUCUAUGUUUCUUAAAAAGGGCAUUUUGCGUCACGUGUUUAAGUUUUAUUUACGAUUUUAAAGGCUUGCCACAUUCCAGCAGUUCCAAACGCGAACAACGGAUGUUAAUAUAAAUGUACGAGACGAAUUAAAGUUGAUGACCGAUCUUUGCAAAGCUGCCCGCUGUGGUAUGCGCACGGCUUUAUAGCCGAUUAGAUAACUUAUAAACGAAAAAACUAUUUUUAUUCUCUUGGUCAAAAAAAAGGCCAGAAUUUACUUGUAGAUAAAAUAUUUGUAAUAAUGAAAUUUAUUGGAUAUACGUAAUUGUGUAAAAUAUGAUGAUAAUGGCUUUUAUAAUUCGUUGCCAAACAUAUAUUUUUAGAUGUACAAUUUGGGACUAAGGGUCUUAAGCUUCUUAAGCUUCUUAAGCCAUUAGAGCCGGUUGGCAUCAUCAGCACAGUUAGUUGGUAUUUUUAAUGGAUUUAUAUGGAUAUACGCUCACUAUGUCUAGUAAAUCAGUAGCAUCGUUGCAUUGUUUGAAAGUUGUCAGGAGGAGAAACUUUGCUGGUCUGGUGCCGAGUGGUUUUAACUUUUAGUGAGCUAUAAUCUUAAGUCCUUUUUGGCUGAACUAGUCUCACACGCAGUUUGAUUGUUUACUUAUAUAAAAAAAAUAUUAUUGUGUUAAUGAAUUGUAAAAUAAUGCAGGGUUAUUUUUUAAAUUUCGUCACUGUUCAAACUACUUUGAUAUUCAAUAAAUUCCAAAAUAAUAUAUUCAAUAAACUGAACUUUUAUCACCAGCUUAAUUUGCUCGGGUGAAUUCGAAAUUCGAACUGUCACAUCAUAGACUAAAACUAUAUUUUUUUCUUGUGAUUUGUAUUGUAUUUUAUACACUUAAACUUACGUUUUGUUUAAUCAGUUUUAGGGUUAAAAAAUACCUACUACGAAGCAUGUUUAAAAAUAACCCUGCGUGUGUAUAUCGUCAAAUUCGUAGGAAUGAAUUUAAAAAAUAUUACCACAUUAUUUUUUCUAAAAAUCUAUUCAAAAUACAAAUAAAAAAUGUAUUCAACAUGUUUUCUUAAAAAAACCUGGAGGUUUUUAAAGCAUUUGAAUUUGACGAACUACAUUAUUAUUAUAAUAUUAUGUCUAUUUAAUAUUUUAAUCGAUGUACUUGUAGGUACGUUAUUGUCUGUUUUUGUUAUAUUUAAGGGUUGGAUAAAAGAUAUAUCGAAAAAAAAAUUACUUCUAUGUUUACUGUGUAUACUUAAAGAUAAAUAUUUUUUUAUUCACGGAGCUUAUUUGUGUUUGUAAAUGAACACUGUAAGAUAAAAGUCACUGUGUAAUUAUUAGAUUAAUAAUAUGUUAUCAACAUAGGUCGCUUAAAAUUUUUAUGCCAAUAAAAAUUAAUAAAUUA